AUGAAGGUCCACGUUUUUGGGAACAAGCCAUCUCCAGCUGUGGCUAUAUAUGGGCUUCGGAGAGCCAUCAGAGAAGGAGCGCAAAGGUUUGGUGCUGAUACCGUUGACUUCGUAGAAAGGCAUUUUUAUGUGGAUGACGGUUUAAUGUCCGUACCAUCUGAGGCUGAUGCAAUUGACCUUCUGCAACGGACAAAAACCUCACUGGCUGAGUCAAACAUUCGCCUACAUAAGUUUGUGUCGAACAGUCCAUCAGUCACAGAAGCUUUUCCGCCAGAGGACUGUGCGCUGAUGACGAAGGACCUCGAUCUGGAACAAGAAGCUACACCCACUCAGCGCAGCUUGGGUCUGCUUUGGGAGAUUACGACUGACAUGUUCACUUUCUCAGCAUCUGCUACAAGCAAACCAUUCACUCGUCGAGGAGUUCUCUCUACUGUUAACAGCAUAUUUGACCCCUUGGGGUUACUGGCACCUGUUACCAUCUACGGAAGGGCUCUUCUCAGGGAACUUGCAACUGAACCGAAUGAAUGGGAUAGCCCACUACCAGAAGAAAAGCGUCAAAAAUGGGAAUCCUGGAGGGAUUCACUCCAAGACCUGAGGCAGCUUCAUGUUCCUCGGAUGUACACACAGACAUCACUCAGUACAGCUGUAAGUACUGAAUUGCAUGUGUUCUCGGAUGCAUCAAAUAAGGCCAUCGGGGCAGUAGCUUACCUAAGAGCAGUUCAAGAAGAAGGACAAACUGAGGUGGGGUUUGUUAUGGCCAAGGCUAAGCUUGCCCCUCAGUCUGAGCCUACAAUCCCCAGGCUUGAACUUUGUGCUGCAGUCUUGGCAGUAGAAAUGGCAGAUCUCAUUCAAGAAGAGUUGGAUGUGAAAAUAGACGAAGUCAAGUUCUAUACCGACAGUAAAGUGGUUCUUGGCUACAUAUGCAAUGAGUCCAGACGAUUCUAUGUCUAUGUCCACAAUAGAGUGAUGCGUAUUCACCAGUCCUCAAAGCCAACUCAGUGGAACUAUGUGUGCACGGAUGAGAACCCAGCUGACCAUGCAUCACGGUCUGUGCCUCCAUCUCAGCUAGCCCAGACUUCGUGGUUCAAUGGACCCUCUUUUCUCUAUCAAUCACCUGAAGACAAACAGUGUGGAGGUGAGAGGUUUGAACUGAUUGAACCGGAAGAGGACAGUGAAAUCAGACCACAAGUUCAGACCUGUUCUACUGUUCUAGAGAAAGCUGCUCUUUCUACAGAUCGCUUCAAGCGGUUUUCAUCUUUUAGCUCCCUGUUGAGAGGAGUGGCAUAUUUGAUCCACAUGGUAAAAUCUUUCAAGCGUUCCAACCACAAGAUUGAGUGUGCAGGUUGGCAUAAAUGCAACUUACCCCGUUCUACUGAAGAAAUAACUCAAGCUAAAAAAACCAUCCUAAAAGCAGUGCAAACAGCAACUUUUGCAAAAGAAAGGUCAGCUCUACUGGCUAAGAAAAACGUGUCUGGCAAUAGCCCUUUGCAGAAGCUAAGACCAAUCUUAGAGGAUGACCUGAUUUGUGUUGGAGGCAGGCUGAAGUACUCUGAACUGACACCUGCAGAAAAGAAUCCUGUAAUCCUACCGAAAGAUGAUCAUGUGUCACUCCUUCUAACAAGACAUUACCAUGAGCAGGUGCAACACCAAGGUCGUCAUUUGACUGAAGGAGCCAUAAGAGCAGGCGGCUUGUGGAUAUUGGGAGGCAAGUCUCUUGUAAAAUCACUUAUCCAUAAGUGUAUAACUUGUCGUAAACUACGUGGGAAGAUGGCAGAACAACAGAUGGCGGAUUUGCCACCAGAGCGACUUGAGGUAUGUCCUCCUUUUACCUAUGUUGGGGUGGAUGUUUUCGGACCCUGGACUGUAACGGCAAGGCGCACACGAGGAGGGCAUUCAGAGUCAAAACGAUGGGCAAUUAUUUUCAGUUGUAUGACUUCCAGAGCUGUUCACAUUGAACUAAUCGAAUCUCUGGAUACAUCUAGCUGCAUUAAUGCGUUGAGACGAUUUUUUGCAUUGAGAGGACCAGCAAAACAACUCAGAUCUGAUUGUGGCACAAACUUUAUUGGGGCUUGCAAAGAGCUACAGAUGGACACAAGAAUGCAGAAGUACCUCACAGAUCAGGAAUGUGUCUGGGAAUUCAACCCGCCUCAUGCUUCUCACAUGGGGGGUUCUUGGGAGCGGAUGAUUGGCAUGGCAAGGAGGAUUUUGGAUGCUAUGCUGCUCCAGCAAAACAUCUCCUUGACUCACGAAGUCCUAUGUACUCUAAUGUCAGAAGUUACUGCCAUUAUCAAUGCCCGUCCCUUGAUGGUUGUUUCUACGGAUCCUGGAAAUCCUUUCAUCCUAUCACCUGCGAUGCUUGUGACUCAAAAGGGGAGUCCCACCACUCCAGGAGAUUUUCCUGAUAAAGACUUGUUUACAAGGCAGUGGAGACAAGUACAAGCAUUGGCAAAUCAGUUUUGGACUCGCUGGAAACGAGAGUACCUGCCAUCUUUACAACAACGUUCAAAAUGGACAGUACCCAAAAGGAACUUAGAAAUAGGAGACUUAGUUCUUCUCAAAGACAAGCAAGCUCCUCGCAACUGUUGGCCACUGGCAAGGAUCACUGCCACAUUCCCUGGACAAGAUGGAUAUGUACGAAAGGUCGAGGUCACAACAGCAGAGCAAGGCAGACCAAGAACAUAUCUUCGACCUAUCACAGAAGUUGUUUUGCUUCUGCCUAACGAAUGAUCUAUGGACUAAUGUUUGAUGAUCCGGCGGCAUGGUGACCUCACAGAGGUCAGACGGGGAGUGUGCUGCUUUGACAGCAUUUUUCUUU